AUGACUUUGUCAGUUCAGCUAUCUUGGUUGCACCUAUGCGAUGCCGCACAAGGGCGAACAAUCAGCGCCAAGCUCCGUCUUCUGCUGAAGGGGUCUUUGAAUUUGGCUAUUUCAGAACCUGAUAUCUCGCGAGCAUUACUCGUGCAUUUGUCUCAGUUCGCCGUUCAUGCCGCCAAUCCUGUGGUCGGAAUGCCAUUCAGACGGGAGAUAAUGGCUGUCUACAUUACGGGUUCAAGUUAUCUGCGCAACCCUGAUCGGGGUCCAUUUAUCGACCUGGGCCAGUGGGCCGCGAUGACGAUGAUCGUCAUCAGCCGAAGAAGUUUGCUUUUCCUUCAUCAUAAGAAGGCGGAUUGUCCCAUGGCUCAUCGAGACCAGGGCUUGCAGCAACGUAAAGUCCGCUACUUCCAUUGUCAGACUCCAGGGCAUAUUAAGAUAGAUUACCUCCGGUAUCAUCGAUACCUCUUCGCAAUGGCUGAAGGUCGAGCUCCUGCCGAAGAGAAUCGCUCGCGAAGCUGUGCUACGCAGCAGCAGCAGCAGCAGCAGCAGCAACAGCGGGGAGCAUCCCGAUCAGCUGAAGCCGAGGCGUUUGGCCCCAAUUUGCCAAAGAAUGUGCGAGGUUGCACACAUAACCAGCCUGAUUCUGGGAAGCCCGACUCGAAUUCCGUCUUGGAAAAGGAAAGUCAUUCUAUCAAGGCCCAGUCCUACUACUAUGGAUACAAUAAGCGACAAAAGGUUGUGAUUGGUUGUUGA